AUGGCAAUAUUCACAUACACCAACAUCACCAUCUCACUGAUCAGUCUAUUCCUUGCUCGACGCGUGUACUGGGAAGUCACAACCGGCUCGCGCCGUCGCGCACUCUCGUCCCACCACGCCUGCCAACCACCCAAAGGAAUAUCAAUAUGGACAACAUGUUUCGGCCUGAAAGAAGUCUUGUCCGACCUACGCGCCGUCCGCACCAAAAAAAUACUCUCAAACUGGGCAAAUACGCUCCGCAGUAACAACACACACACGUUUCUCAGCGGCCCUCUUACCAUGAAGGUCUUUCACACCGACGACCCAGAGAACAUCAAGGCCGUGCUCGCCACCAACUUCCAGACAUGGGGUAUGCCCAGAGGUCGCGUAUCGGAAAUGACGUCUUUGUUCGGACAUGCCAUCUUCACCAACGAGGGUGCGGCGUGGAAGCACUCGCGGGAGAUGCUACGGCCGUGCUUUGAACGGAGUCAAGUAGCUGAUGUGUCGCUUCUGGCGAAACACGUCAAUUCCCUGAUCAGGGUUGUGCCAAUGGAUGGCUCGACGGUGGACUUACAGCCGCUGUUCUUUGAGUUCACGCUAGAUGUUGCUAGUGAGUUCUUGUUUGGGAGGAGUACGGGAUGGCUAGAUCGGGAGGAGCGGGGGUGUGACGAGGACGCGAGCGCGUUUGUCGAGGCGUUCGAGUACUGUAUGAAUCCGUAUAUGAGUGAGAACUUCAAGAAGUACGGGAUUCUUGGGUUCGUGUUGCCAGAUGGAAAGAGGAAGCGGUUUGCGAAGCUGAUUCGAGACUUUGCGAACAAAUUAGUCGAGAAAAGGAUAUCUGCCAAAGCCACAGAACCAUCACAAUCCGAGAAUCGUCACACGUUCCUCGACGAACUCCUAGCCUCAACACAAAACCGCACCACAAUAAGCAGCGAACUCCUCCACCUCCUACUCGCCGGCCGCGACACCACCGCCUCCCUCUUAUCAAACCUCCUAUGGGAGCUCCCCCGCCACCCCGCCAUCCUCUCACGCCUACGUCAAGAAAUCACAGAACACAUCGGCGACGAAACACCGACAUACGAGCAGUUAAAAUCGCUCAAAUACCUGCGCGCAAUCAUAAACGAGUCCCAACGCAUAUACCCCAUCGUCCCCGCCAACUCGCGCGAAGCCCUCACUGAUACCAUACUCCCCCGUGGCGGCGGCCCGGACGGCACCUCCCCAGUCCUCGUCCCCAAAGGAUCAUACGUGAACUACUACACCCACGCUAUGCACCACCGGACGGACGUCUACGGCGCGGAUGCCGACGAAUUCAAGCCCGAGCGCUGGCUUGAUCCUGGGUUUCGGCCAGGCUGGGCGUAUAUUCCGUUCAGUGGCGGGCCGCGUGUGUGUAUUGGGCAGAACUUUGCGCUGACGGAGGUUUCGUUUGUGGUUGUGAGGUUGUUGCAGAUGUUUGAUGUUGAGCAGAGGGACUUUGGGGAGUGGAAGGAGAAGGUUGGUUUUACGUGUACGGGGUAUGGAGGGUGUAAGGUGGGGUUGAAGAGGAGGGUGGGUUAG